AGCCAUGGAAAUGGGGGCAGCAGGAGACCCUCCCGGGGCCCGGGGGGACCCCCCAGCAGGGACCUACCUCAUCCCACACAGGGUAAGCCCCAUUCCAUCCCCUCCUUCCUCUCAGCUCGCCGUGCCGGUGUCCCAGCAGCCCCUGAUGAUCCUCCAGCAGCUUCCAGGGCCCGGGGCUGUCCUGGCCCCCCCCGCGCGACCCCCGCCCGUCCGGGGAGAUUUAAUCGAGUUGAUGAUGAUUCAGAACUCCCAAAUGCACCAGGUGGUGAUGAACGGCCUGGCCGUGUCGGCACUGACGUCCUUCGGCUUUGGCCCGUCCGCAGCCACUGCCCAGGCGCUGGCGAUGCCUUGGCAGACCGAGGAGGAGGAGGAGGAGGAGGAGGAGGCUGUGGUUUUCCACCAUCACUACAUCCCCUACCCAGGUCCUGUUUUUAUCCCGGAGCGGGACCGGGGUCCCGUGGCUGUGCGGUACCUGGGCUCGUUAGCGGAGGAUGAGGCUAGGGCGGUGCCCCCUCCUCCACCCCCCAGCGCCACCGGCACGGUGGGGCCCAGCGUCCCACCGGCAGCAGGUAAGGACACGUUCUCCCCAUGUCCCUCAGCGAGGAACAUCUUCCCUGGCUUUGAUCCCCCAAGGAAGGUGGAGGAAGUGGCGACAGAUGCGUUUUGGGUGCUGGAAGAUGUUCCCUGUCUCUGCUACCUCCCCAACCCCACUUUGUGGUGA